GACAGUCAUGUUUAUAUAUAUCCCUCAAUAACAGGAGCAGUAGUCAAGAUGGCCAACGCGUUAUACACGAUGAUGAUCAGAAAGUUUUCUGUCCUUCCUACGAAAUGUAUUUUGUUCCCUUCAUCACGAUGUGUCCUGCGUCAGACUCCAUCUGUUCUCUCAAGAGUAGGCUGCCCUGGUCUGUCUUCCAUGGCUGGAGUAGCCCCGUCAUUGGCUACAACUCGCUCCCACACACAACCUCGGCCACACUCACACAUCCCGGGACCCAAGUCAUGGCCGGUUAUAGGCACCUUACCAGCCAUGAUUACUGACCCAGCCUAUGACGCCUCUCGGGUGCCACGUCUUUGGGAAUCCUAUUUCAAAAAGUACGGACCAAUUUUCAAGUUGAACCUCCUUGGGCAGGGAGAUGUUGUGUACAUAUGUGAUCCUCGAGAUAUAGAACAUCUCAUUACGGAGACUUUUGACAACCCUGUCAGACCAUUUUUCGAAUCCCUGAAGAAAAUUCGCUUGAACAACAAGAUGAAGUUUUUCAAAGAAAAGGGAACUGGAAUAUUUGUUGAGCAAGGAGACAGCUGGUGGCGUGUGAGGAGCCAGGUCCAGGUACACGCCACGAAACCUAAGUCUGUGGCUCAGUACCUGCCACAGGUGGACCAGGUAGCACAGGAGUUCGUAGCUAGAUCAGCCGGACAGAGGGACAACAAGAACGAGCUUCCUGGAGAUUUUAGCCUAGAACUGUUUAAGUGGGCGUUGGAGUCCCUGAGCCUGGUAGCACUCAACAAGAGAUUGGGAUGCCUGGAGAACAGUGAGGAAGGGUUGAGGAUCAUCAAUGCUUCCCUCACCAUGAUGGACGCUUCAGGAGAAUGUGAGUACGCUGUCCAACUGUGGAGAUACUUCACCACACCAGCGCUGAGUCGCAUGUGGAAGGCACACGACGUAAUUCUUAAUGUGGUCUUGGAGAAGGUGCACCAAGCAAAGAUGGAACUGGAAGCACGAGACUCCAGGGACACUUCUGAGCUGAACAUCCUUGAGUCUCUCCUCAUUACACCGAACCUCUUCCUGGAGGAUGUUGUCACCUUCAUGGUCGACCUUUUCUUCGCUGGCUUAGACACGACAUCAAUGAGCACAGUGUUAGCCUUGUACAACCUGGCUCGGAACCCUGAGAAGCAGGCGAGGCUACAGGAGGAGCUGGACCAGGUGUUGGGUGAUGGCAAUCAGCCUCUCACAACCAACCAUCUGGCUAGACUCCCUUAUCUUAAAGCUUGUGUGAGGGAAACUCUCAGGAUGCAUCCGAUAUCGUCAAUUGUACCGAGGCGACCUGACCAUGACGUAACUCUGCAGGGCUACAGAGUCAAAGCUGGAACUAACAUAUUCGUCUGCAUUAGAGAAUCGGGCAUGCUGGAGGAAUACUUCCCCCGGGCGACGGAGUUCCUGCCGGAGAGAUGGUUGAGGGACAACCCAGACCGUCUCCAGAACCAGUUCGCCUCCAUCCCCUUCUCCGUGGGCACUCGCAUGUGUGUAGGCAGGAGGCUGGCUGAGCAGGAGAUUUACGUUCUCCUCGCAAGGCUGUUCUUGAAAUAUAAUUUGGAGUACAAGUACGCUGAGUGGGACCCAGUGUUUAGAGUCAUCUACAAGCCUGACAAGCCUCAAAACUUUACCAUGACAGAACGCUGAAGUUCUGGUAUCCACACGCCGUCUGCUGUCUGCAGACAGCAAAAUGGUUGCAGUGGGUCUAGAAUGAUCCCUUGAAGACACAGUCUCUCGCAUCUUAUAGCAAAAUGUAAAGUUUAUAUAUUAUACGCAGACUCUUUAGUAAAUAAUUAAUCAUUCUUGAUUUUGAGUCACAGGUUAUGGUCAGUGGAGGCUCAUGACUCAGUGUAUGUACGCUGAGUGUACACUAUUACCUAUUUUAGGGAUUAAAAUAUGGUUGAUUGGUGAAGAAUAGUUUGGAUGCAGCCGUAAUGACCCUCUAUGUAGUCGACUUGCUUUAAAGCCCAUUAACUGACAAACUUGCAUUUUAUCCAGAAAUCAUGUAUACAUACAUUUAAUUUCUAAUUCAUUAGGAAAUACAGAGUUUUUU